AUGGAUAGGAGGAAAUUUGAUGUGAUUAUUGGGACAUCCCCCAGGGGAGAACCUGUUAACAAUAUGUAUGUAAAUACUUUGAAUAAUAUUAACGUUCUCCUGGUUUUUGGCGGUGUUGCUGGAGUUGACGCCGCAUUGGAAGCAGAAGAAGCGCUUAUGGAAACACGUGCUGAAGAAGCUUUCGAUCGCCUAAUCAACUCUCUUCCUCAUAAAGGAAGCAAUAGCGAACGCGUCGAAGAAAAUGUUUUCAUUACGCUUGCUGAAGUGACAAUGCGAUUGGAGCAAUUGUUUUCCUCGUAA